AUGCGCAGCCACGACGAAAUCACUCUCGAUCUCGACGCCGCCGCCGACGCGACCGACGACCGGCGCAAACGGACCAAAACGACGCACGCCGCGUCCCGCAUCUGCUACGACUGGAUGAUCGUCUCGGGGAACUGCCACUACGCGCGCGACCGCGCAUCAUUCACACACUACCGGGCGAUACCGCGCCGAACCUGUAUCAAGAACAACAUCUUCAAUCCGCAGGACGAGCUGGAGGUUGCCGGGGUAGGGACGGUCGAGCUGCGCGUGUGCCGGACGGUGCGGGACGGGGGCGCCAGCUCGCAUGUUAUCGUGCUGGAGGACGUGCUGCAUAUCCCUGAGGCGGUGUGUAAUGGGUUCAAUCCGCUGCUGUAUGGGAGUAGCAUGUCGUGUAACAUGGAGUACUGGGAGGGGGCGGAUCGGCACGGGGAGCCGGUUUGGUUUGCGGUGCCCUAUGCUGGGGGGACGAGGUUGGUGUUGGCGGGCGAGCCGAGGGGGGAGUCGGAGUUGAUUCAGGGGAGGUAUUAUACGUUGAGUUUGUCAAUUACGCCGCAGGAGAGGAGGGAAAUCUUUGAGGCGAUGGCUUGUUGA